AUGUCUGACCACGGAGAAGCCCCCGCUCCCAAGCCCGAGUCCGAGCAGCUCAACAUCAAGGUCAAAGACGCCGAUGGCAACGAGGUCUUUUUCAAGGUGAAGCGACAGACUCGUCUCUCGAAGCUUAAGCGCGCCUACGCGGAACGCAUGGGCAAGCCCGAGAACGCCGUCCGCUUCAUCACUGCCGACGGAAGCCGUGUGGGGGAUGACGACACAGCAGAGACGCUCGGUCUCGAGGACCAGGACGAGAUUGACGCUAUGGUCGAGCAAUUGGGCGGCUGCGCCCUCUGA